AUGGCGAGCCAACGAUCAGCAUGGUCCUCCGUGUCCCCCUUGCUCAUAUUUUCCUGCUUCUGUCUCCUCGUAGGAGACAUGCUCUUUGGCUUCGACACCGGAUCGUUCGGUGGUAUUCUUGCUAAUCCUGGUUUCAUUAACCAAUUUGGCAAAUACAACACCGAGACGGGCAAAUAUGCGUUCGAUUCCACCCAUACUUCAAUCAUGUCCUCUAUCCCGUUUAUCGGUAAAUUCCUGGGAUGCUUCAUCGCUGGCCCAGCUAUCGAACGAUAUGGCCACCGCAUGGUCUUUGUUCUCCUCUCUGUCAUUUCGUUUAUCGGUGUCAUCAUGGAGAUCACCGCUGCCGACACGGGGGCCGGCUCCGGGCGCUUUGCGCAGUUCCUCAUCGGACGUGUCAUUGUCUAUAUCUCGGUCGGUCUUGUGGAGGUGGAUGUGACAACUUACCAGGCCGAAAUUGUCCCAGCCCCUUUCCGUGGCCUGGUCGUCAUUUCUCUGCAGCUUUUCCUCAACGCUGGCACUCUUAUUGCAACAGGCGCCAACAAGGCUUACUCAACUAGCACCAAUGGUGUGGGAUGGAAAACCGUUACUGGUCUUCAAUUCAUCUUUCCCACUCUCCUCAUCGCCUUUGUCUUCUUCAUUCCCGACUCCCCGCGUUGGCUCCUCUCCAAGGACCGUGAGUCUGACGCCGUCAUCUCUCUACAGCGACUCCGAAGCAAAGCCGACGCAGACGAGGGUCGAUGCGACGAAGAGAUCUUGGCCAUCAAAGAAGCCCUGAGAGAACAGGUGCAUAAAGGCCCAUGGCUCGACCUCUUGCGCGGAAACAACCUUCGCCGCACCAUGAUCGUUUUUGCAUUCUACUUCUUCCAGCAGACCACUGGCCAAGCCUUUACUUCAACAUACCAGACUGUCUUCUACAAGGAGAACGGCUACGCGGACAAGGCCUUUACCUAUCCCAUCGUUACCAGUGUUCUUGGUCUCCUCUCAGUCAUUCCAGCAAUGUAUCUGGUUGACAAUCUUGGCCGCCGAUACACCCUAAUGAUCAGCUACAUUUUCCAGUCUUUCUGGCUGUUCCUUUUGGCCGGUCUUGGUGGAAAGGCCGAUAAAACCCCUACUGAGAAGAACACAAUCGUGGCUGCUUUUAUGCUCUUUGCCGUCUGGUACAAUGUGAAUGGGUAG